UAAGACCAUACUAUCUUAUUUCCAAUGUCUACCAACUCACUUGAAUGCCAGAUUUCAGCACUGCGAGACCUUUUAGCACGGACAUACUUUGUGUGCUACUUAGCUUCUCCACUUCUCCAGCCCGAGCAUCCCAGCCGGGGCAGCACUGCCAUCAGUCCUUGCUGACCCCUGGAGGGAGCCCAUCACUCCGUGUUCUAGCCUUCAGCCCUCGAGCUGCCCACGCAUACAUAUAUGCUGAUCUCCUCUGCUCCAGGCUGAGAGCACCAAGGGACAGCAGUUGCACCGCACACAUCUUCCUCUCCAGACCCUUCACCAUCUUCGUAUCCCUUUUGGAUGCAUACAUUUAAGUCCUCCUUACACCGUGCCGCCUAGACUGCACAAAGCACGCGAGGCGAGGCGGCACCAGGACGGGGCGGGGCGAUCCCCGGGGAGGCUGCAGGGCUCCGCCGGCCGGAGCUGCCGCGUGCUGCGGGGCAGGGCCGCGGACGGAAGCCUCGGCGCCGCCGAGCUCCGGGCGGCGUUUUCCUCCUCGCAACCGCUGCAGCGAGGCUAGCGGCCCUCGGCCCGCUCCGCAGUCGCCCCCGCCCCGCGGCCGCCGUGCCGGGGGAGGUGCCGGCGGGGCGGGGCGCACCGCACCGGGCCCAUGUCGGCUCCGCGGGCCGCCACGCCGGGCCCCGGCGGCGGGGCCAGGAAGACGGAGCUGGAGCUGGAGCUGGGGAGCAGCACGCAGACGUCGCACCGGCUGCUGGCCUACAGCGACGCGCUGCUGUCCAUCAUCGCCACGGUGAUGAUUUUGCCUGUGGCUCACACAAAAAUACAUCCCGAUCAGAAACUAGGUGAAAGCGUUCAGCAGCUUCUUCUAACAAAAAUUGCGGUGUACUUGAUGACCUUCUUAAUAGUCACAGUGGCAUGGGCAGCGCAUGUAAGGUUGUUCCAGGUGAUAGAGCUUAUAGAUGAUGUCCUUGCUCUUCUAAAUCUGGCUUGUAUGAUGAUCAUAACUUUCUUGCCGUACACAUUUUCCUUAAUGGCCUCAUUUCCAGGGGUACCUUUUGGAAUUUUCCUUUUCAGUGUCUGUGCUGUUGUCAUUGGCCUUAUACAGGCAGUAAUAGUAGUGUAUGGAUUCUAUCACCCACACUUAUUGAAUCAGCAGAUACAGGUGUCUGAAAAUCAGAACUUCUAUAAACGUCACAUCCUAAAGAUUAUCCUAAGAGGACCAGUUUUAUGCUUUUUAGCAGCCAUCUUUUCUUUUUUCUUUAUUCCAUUGUCUUACUUACUUCUUGGGCUUGUAAUUGUUUUUCCACAUCUCAGUCGAUUCAUAACAUGGUGUAAAACCAAGAUUGUAGGUCCCAGAGAGGAAGAGGAAGCAAGCUAUAGCUUAGAAACCUUUAGUUUUUACCUCAGUGAGCCUCUGAGUAAGGAACGGGUAGAAGCAUUCAGUGAUGGAGUCUAUGCUAUUGUAGCAACCUUACUCAUUUUGGAUAUAUGUGAAGACAAUGUUCCUGAUCCAAGAGAAGUUGGGGAGAAGUUUCAUGGAAGCCUUCUUGAAGCUUUAAGUGAAUAUGGACCAAACUAUCUUGCCUACUUUGGUUCUUUUGUGACAAUUGGUCUCUUGUGGUUUGUCCAUCACUCACUUUUCCUGUAUGUAACAAAAGCUACACGAUUAAUGGGACUGCUUAAUAUACUUUCACUGGCUUUCAUUGGUGGUCUUCCGCUGGCUUACCAGCUGACCAGUGAAUUUGCAGAGAAGUCACACAAUGAGAUAGAAGCUAUUCAGGUCAGCUGUGUAAUUACUUUCUUUGCCAGCAUUUUUCAGUUUGCAAUAUGGACUACAGCCCUCCUCCAUGAAAGGGAAACAUUGCAUCCUUUUGCUAGAUAUGGUGGCAAGGAGCAUGCCUUCAUGUUUGCCAAGCUGGCUCUCUACCCUUGUGUGAGCCUUGGAGCUUUCUUUCUAACAUGCUUGUUAAGUGAAUUUAGCACAGAAAUUUUCCAUCUAAUGCAGAUUGUAAUCCCAUUUGCUUUUCUUGCCUUGCGCAUUUUUGUUAGGAUUUCUUUAACUGUCAUAAAGUCUGUGAUGUCUCUUUCCAGGCGGAAGGUUGUAUUGUUAGAAGAAGAGGAGGCAUGUUUGUCUCCUACUGAAACACACUCAUAAAUUUCCAUGCAGUGCAUGUGAAGUUAAAUCAUUAAUUUCAGUUCUUCUAAUUCAUGUUGUCUUGAUGUGUGAUCUGUAUAUUGACCUAAAUUAAAGCUUGUGUUGGCCAUAACUGGAGCGUAUUUUAAUUUUAGCUGGUCAUGCCUAAAAGCCUUUCUAAUAAGGGGGGCAAGGGAGGAAAAAGUAAGUGGGGAAAACAGAAAGCAUGUUCCCCUACCCUGAAAAUUACCUUUUGGGGAAAAAAAAUGCUGCUUGAAGUAUAACUGCAGUGAUAGUCAGUGAAGGUGUACAUAGGGCAUUUCACUGGGCAUCUUUCUCUGAUGUGCAGUAGUCAGUAUG